AUGUCCAACAGCAGCUCUGUGAGUGAGUUCCUCCUGCUGACAUUCACAGACACACGCGAGCUGCAGCUCCUGCACUUCGCGCUCUUCCUGGGCAUCUACCUGGCUGCCCUCCUGGGCAACGGCCUCAUCCUCACAGCCGUAGCCUGCGACCACCAUCUGCACACCCCCAUGUACUUCUUCCUCCUUAAUCUUGCUCUCCUCGACCUGGGCUGCAUCUCCACCACUCUGCCCAAAGCCAUGGCCAAUGCCCUGUGGGACACCAGGGCCAUCUCCUAUCAAGGGUGUGCUGCACAGGUCUUAUUUUUUGUUUUCUUGGUUGGAGCAGAGUAUUCUAUCCUCACAAUCAUGGCCUACAACCGCUACAUUGCCAUCUGCAAGCCCCUGCACUACGGGAGCCUCCUGGGCAGCAGAGCUUGUGCCCAGAUGGCAGUAGCUGCCUGGGGCAGUGGCUUUCUGUACAGUGUCCUGCACACGGCCAAUACAUUUUCCCUGCCCCUCUGUCGAGGCAAUGUUUUGGACCAGUUCUUCUGUGAAAUCCCCCACAUCCUCAAGCUCUCCUGCUCAGAUGCCUACCUCAGGGAGGCUGCGCUUCUUGUAGUUAGUUUCUGUUUAGCAUUUGCGUGUUUUGUUUUCAUUUCAUUUUCUUAUGUGCAGAUCUUCAGGGCUGUGCUGAGGAUGCCCUCUGAGCAGGACCGGCGCAAAGCCUUUUCCACGUGCCUCCCUCACCUAGCUGUGGUCUCUCUAACUCUCAGCACUGCCUUGGUUGCCUACCUGAAGCCCCCCUCCAUCUCUUCCCCAUCCCUGGACAUGGUGGUGUCAUUUCUGUACUCGGUGGUGCCUCCAGCAGUGAACCCCCUCAUCUACAGCAUGAGGAACCAGGAGCUCAAGGACGCCUUGUGGAAACUCAUUGGAUACAUGCUUCUUUUGCAUCAAUAG